AUGUCUGCCGCCCCAAUUUCCCUAAGAGUUAACGCUGCUUUGUUCGAUGUCGAUGGUACUUUGAUCAUCUCCCAAGGUGCCAUUGCUGAAUUCUGGAGAGAUUUCGGUAAGGACAAGCCUUACUUCGACUCCCAACACGUUAUUGACAUUUCUCACGGAUGGAGAACCUACGAUGUCAUCAAGAAGUUUGCUCCAGACUACGCUAACGAAGAAUACGUCACCAAGUUGGAAGGUGAAAUCCCAGACAAGUUUGGUAAGCACGCUAUCGAAGUGCCAGGUGCCAUCAAGCUGUGCGCUGCCUUGAACGCUCUACCUAAGGAGAAGUGGGCUGUCGCCACUUCUGGUACCUUUGAAAUGGCCCACAAGUGGUUCGAUAUCCUAGGAAUCAAGAGACCAUCCAACUUCAUCACAGCUAACGACGUCAAGAACGGUAAGCCUCAUCCAGAACCAUACUUGAAGGGCAGAAACGGUUUGGGUUACCCAAUCAACGAAGCUAACCCAGCUGCCUCCAAGGUUAUUGUCUUUGAAGACGCCCCAGCUGGUAUCUUGGCCGGUAAGGCUGCUGGCUGUAAGAUCGUCGGUAUCGCUACCACUUUCGACAAGGAAUUCUUGAUCGAAAAGGGCUGUGACAUCGUCAUCAAGGACCACACCAAGCUGAGAGUGGCUGCAUACCACCCAGAAACCGACGAAGUCGAGUUUGUCUUUGACGAAUACUUGUACGCCAAGGACGAUCUGUUGGAAUGGUAA